AUGAGCAAGCAGCGCAGCACCUACGCCGACCACCUCGAGAUUGGCGCCGCGGCGGCCGCUCCAGCCUGGCGCUCCUUCUCGUUCUUCGACCCUAGCCAGGUCCGCGACCAGGACGACUUUGCCCGGUCACCACAGGCGCUUCGCAGCCCCCAUCAAGUCGCAGACACGGCCCUUUGCCCCGUACGCCCGCCACCACUCGCAGACGUGCUUCCCGAAGGCCUCGCAGAUGGCAACCUACCAGGACCCUCGAGCCAGUCGGCCUCGCCGGCGCAUCUCCGCCAACCUUCGCUCCUCGUCGGCACCAUCGAAGGUCAGGUCCAGGUCCUCGAUCCCGACACAUUCGUGCAGCUGGCAUCCUGGCAGGCCUUUUCGUCGCAAGGCGUCAACGGUCGCGUCACCCACCUCUCUUGCGACUCGCGCGGCAGGUUGGUCAGCUUGGGCGAAGAGGAUGGAUCCCGCUUCCCCAUCCUCCGGAUAUGGGACAUGCGAGUCGGCCGCACCCUCGACGACGGCAGGCAGUGGAUCCCCAAGCUGCUGUCCGAGGGCAAGGUCCAGCACGGUAGCCGCCCUCACCCGGUCGCCACGGUGGCGCACACCGCCUCGCUCUCGUUCCUCUCGGUGGCUCUUGGCGAUGGGACUGUGCUUCUCAUCCGCGGCCUCGACUCGACGCUGAUGUCGGCUGCCGCAUCCACAGCGGGCCUCGCCUCGAACGCGACUGUCCGGCCCGCGGCGGCAGUGGCGCUUCCCAAGUUCAAGGUCGUCUACCAGCCCGGAGCCAACGAGUCCUUGGCACACGAGCCCGUCACUGCGCUCGGCUUUUCCGAAACACCAUCGACGGUGCAGCAGUCCGCCACCGCACAGCCCGCAGCACAAGCCGAAGCGCAGCCCAGCCAGGGUUCUCGGGGUCGCAAAGGGGUCGGCCCGCUGCCGCGCCAGCGGCCCAGGAAGACGACCACCGCCGCGGCCAACGAGGCGGGCGGUGCCGGUCAGGAAGGCUCGCCAGCCGCGGUCCACCUCUUUAUCGUCACAUUAUCGCGCAUUCUGCGCUACAUCGUGGUCGGAAAGGGUGCCGGCAGCAGCCCAGCCAUCCUCGACGAUGUCGGCUGCGCCCUCGGCUGUGCCGCCGUGAUACCGAGCGGCGCGAGCCGCAGGGCCGUCGUUCAGCCGGGCAGCCUGGCCGGCAAGAUGGUCGUGGCGCGCGAGGAGGCCAUCUACGUAAUCGGGCCCGAGGGAAGAGAGGCGUGCUUCGCCUACGAAGGGCCCAAGUCUAGCAUCCACCUGUCGGCGUCGCAGGUCAUCAUCGUCACACCGCCCUUUGCCCCGUCGUCUUCAUCCGCCUCGGCGACAGUCCGCAACUUUGUGGCCGGCAGGGAUCACGGCACUCCCUCGUUUACACCCUCCUCGUCCGCCGGUCGCGGCUCGCCCAUGUCCAACGGCGCGGGCCCGCUGCAGAGGCGCGGCAUGGCCGAGAUCGCCAAGGUGACCAUCUUCGACCUCGACAACAAGUUUGUCGCGUACAGCGGCACGUUUGAGGGCGGCGUGCGCGAGACAUGGGUGGGGCCAUCCGGCGAGGUGGCCGUGCUGGGCGACAACGGCAGCCUGACGAGGCUCGACGAGAAGCCGCUCCGCGCCAAGCUCGAGAUCCUCUACCGCAAGUCGCUCUUUCUGCUCGCCGUCAACCUAGCGCGCUCGCAUGCCGAGCGGGCGGGCACACCGGACGCAAGGGCCCGCGUCGAAGCGCUCAUGGCCGACAUCUUCCAGCGGUACGGCGAUCACCUCUACAACAAGGGCGACUUUGAGGGCGCCAUGGCCCAGUACGUCAAGACAAUCGGGCACACCCAGCCCAGCUUUGUGAUCCGCAAGUUCCUCGACGCGCAGCGCAUCACCAACCUCACCACCUACCUGCAGGAGCUCCACGCACGCGGCAUGGCCAGCUCCGAUCACACCACGCUGCUGCUCAACUGCUACACCAAGCUCAAGGACGUCGCCUCAUUGGAUCGCUUCAUCAAACGGCCGCCCACCAACCAGCAGCGCGACAGGCCCGGCUCGCCGACCGUGGAUGCCGAAGGAGGAGCAGCCGGCGACGGGCCGACGGGUGACAAUGAGCGCGACGAGCUGCCCUUUGAUCUCGAGACGGCGAUGCGCGUCUGCAGGCAGGCCGGAUACUUUGGCCAUGCCGCCUACCUGGCGAAGCGAUAUGGCGAGCACGACGAGUACCUCCGCAUCCAGAUCGAGGACGCCAACGAUCACGAGGACGCCCUCGCCUACAUCCGCGGCCUCACCCCCGCAGAGGCCAUCCGCAACAUGACCCAGUACGGCAAGCUGCUGCUCGACCAGCUGCCGGAGAAGACGACCGACCUGCUCAUCGAGCUCUGUGCCGGGGCCUUCCGGCCCUCGAGCGCCUUUGGCGCCGAGCAGGCGACGCCUGCAAAGGACUCGACCGGCAGGAGCGCGGCGGCCGCCUACCUGAGCUACCUCCACGUUGGCGCCUUUACCAAGGGCAUCGCGGCGGGCGGCGACGGUGGCGCUGGCGCAGCUGGCGGCGGCACGGGCAGCUCGACGCCGAACCUGCAGGCCAGCUCCAACCGCAACUCGACCGCUGCUGUCGAGCCCUAUCACAUCGACGGCCCGCGCUCGCGUCGCCAGUCGGUCCUGCCGGGCAUCGAGGAAGGGACGCUCGCCGCCGUCGAGGACGGUGCCUACCCCGUGCCGUCGCCCAGGGUCUUUUUUGCCCACUUUAUCCAGCAUCCGGCCCACUUUAUCCGCUUCCUCGAGACGGUGGCGCUGGCGCGCUGGGGGCAGAGCGUGAACAUGGACGUCCACGCCGCCUCGCACGACCCGCUCGCCGUCGUCGCCGACCUGUCAUUCCAAGGCGAGGACGAGGACGAGGUCACCCUCGCGCUGCGCGAGCUGGGCAUGUCGGCCAACGACGACUACGAGGACCAGGACGAGCUGGACCAGAAGGCCAUCUGGAAUACGCUGCUCGAGCUCUACCUCUCGUCGUCCAAGCCGUCCAAGGCGGGCGAGGGCAAUGCGUUUGGCCUCGACGGAGCCCAGCGCCACCAGCGGCGCGAACGGGCGCUGCACCUGCUCGAGCAGCACGCCACGCUGCCGUACGAUGUCAGCCACGCGCUCAUGCUCUGCUCGGUCGAGAACUUUACCGAGGGCCUCGUGCUGCUCUACGAGCGCAUGGGCAUGUACGAGGACGUCCUGCGCUUCUGGAUGGACGCCGGAGAGGACGACGAGCGGGCCGGCGGUGCGGGCUCUGAGGACGCCAGCUGCAAGGUCAUGGCCGCCCUCAGCCGGUACGGCAGCGCCAAGCCCCACCUCUACCCGAUCGUGCUGCGCUACCUCGUCUCCUCUCCCCAGAUCCUCGCCAGACACGGCGACGACCUGCGCACCGUCCUGCAGCACAUCGAGUACCACAGCCUCAUGUCGCCGCUCGAGGUUGUCCAGUCCCUCUCGCGCACCGGCGUCGCCAGCGUCGGCCUGGUGCGAUCCUACCUCUCCCGCACCAUCCUCGCCGAGCGCGCCGACAUCGAGGCAAACGAGACGACGACGGCGUCGCUCCAGGCCUCGACCGCCGAGAAGCUGGCAGAAGUCCAUGCCCUCACCACCGCUGAGCGGCCACAGGUCUUCCAGAUGACCCGCUGCUCGGCCUGCGGCGGGCCCCUCGACCUGCCCACGGUCCACUUUAUGUGCAAACACUCGUUCCACCAGCGGUGUCUUGGCGAGAACGAGACCGAGUGCCUCGUCUGCGCCCAGAGGCUCGGCGCCAUGCGCGACUGGAGAAGGGACGUCGAGGCCCUCAAGGGCAGGGAGGACCUCUUCGAAGCCGAACUCGAGGCUUCCAAGGACGGCUUCGAGACGAUCUCGACCUUCUUUUCGAAGGGUCUCAUGGGCCUCGCCGCGUCCGCACAGCUGUCGUAG